AUGAGUCGAGAAUCCGUUGCUGAGAUCACCCGUUCCUUCUCAACUCUCGAGCUCAUCGCGAAGAAUCCAUCAAUGAUGGCCAAGAUUCACAUUCCUGACUCUCUCGCGACCGAUCUUGAGCUAGGAGAACUUGAAAAGACACGACGUCGAAGGCAUCUUGACUCGCCAUCGACUCUCCCGACAUCGUUCCCAUCAUCUGGUGCCGAGCAGAUUAGCCUAGGUCAGAACCAAUCCGGACCAUACUCAUGGCCAAUGUAUUCUGGUCAAUGUUUCUUGUGUCCUGCUGGUGUUCCUGGACAAAGAGGUCCCUCAGGCCCACAGGGGGUUGCCGGAAGGGACGGCAGAGACAGACGGGAUGCACCGACAGAUUCCCAAGCUCGAGAAACACCUACUUCACCCAGCGACGAAACAAACUCAACUGAAUCCGGAGGUGAUGCGGUAGUGCCUCCAGUAGGUAACAUGGCAAGCCUUCCUGGUGUGAUCUAUACUCGCUGGGGUAACGAUGUAUGUCCCCAAGAUGCAGAACUCAUCUAUUCAGGUUCUAUUGGAGGUGCACACUGGAAUCAUGUUGGUAGCGGCUCAAAUCAUCUAUGCAUGCCGGAAGAGCCCAUCUAUGACGAAGUAGAAACUUCCUUACAUGUUGAACGUGCCCUACUAUACUUCUCUGAAUACCAAGUCAAUACUGGUCCUUCACGCAUCCGACCACUACAUGACCAGACUCCGACAUGUGCAGUCUGCAGGGCGCCCUCUGGCCGCACCAGCAAACUAAUGAUUCCUGCCCGCAACGUGUGUCCUUCUCAAGAAUGGCGUUUGGAGUACGCUGGUUAUCUUAUGGCAGAGAAAUACGUACACGAUAGAUCAGAAUUUGUGUGUGUGGACCGAGAAAUGGUUCCUAAAGCGGGUACCCUGGGGAAUCAGAAUAGUGCGCUGUUGUACUUCACAGAAGUCCGGUGUGUGGCGGGUGAUGGCUUGGAUUGUGGAUCCUACAUCGAUGGUUACGAACUUACUUGCGCCGUCUGUACUAUCUGAAGUACUAUAUAAAUAUUUCUUCAUUUUGUGUAGUUUGACACACUUGUCAGUUCUUGUCAUGCUUUUUGAACAUCUUAGUUUCAUACCGAGGCAGUGAUAAACUGCAUGUAAGCCUUAGUUUCAUACACACAUUAGUGAUAAAAUGUUACCCUUAGUUUCAUACACACAUUAGUGAAAAAAUGUAACCCUUAGUUUCAUACACAUACCAGUAAUAAAGUGUAAACGUUAGUUUCAUACACACAAUAGAGAUAAAAUGUCUACCUUAGUUUCUGACACAUACCAGUGAUAAAGUGUAAACCUUAGUUUUUUUUUACACACAACAGUGAUAAAGUGUCUGAUAAAAUUAGGCCUCGUUUGUCGAUGGUUCUCUAAAUGUCGUUAAUGUUUAUUGAAUUUCAUGGUAGAUUUUCUUUUCAUUCAGGAAAGAACAGUUCUUUUGCUAUAAACCUGAAUUUUCUGUGAAUAUAAGAAUUUACUUUAAUUAAAUUGAAUUAAUUAAAUGGACAUUGUCUUUAUAAUUCAAAAUGUUUGGAGGUGUACCUAGUGUUGCCCGUAAUGGUUGACGGGAACUUGCUUGCUUUAGAUCAAUCUUAUUUGCUUAUGGAGAUUUUUUAUAAUAAAACUAUGUUUCUUAGUCAAUUCAUGUCAUGUCUUUCCAUCUAUGCGUGGUCAUGCUAAAAUAAAUACGAAGGCGACAUCUUUAAA